AUGUCUUCUCCUCGUCGCAUCGCUACUAUAUUUGGUGCUACUGGCCAACAAGGCGGCUCAGUAAUCGACGCCCUUCUCGCCGACGAUAUCUUCACCCCGCGCGCCGUCACGCGCGACGCAAGCUCAGCCGCUGCGAAGGCCCUCGAAGCGCGCGGCUGUGAGGUUGUCGAGGCGAACGCGGCGGACAAGGAAGCCGUGAGGCGCGCCGUCCAGGGCGCGGAGUGUCACCGUCCCCUCACCCCCGUGCCCGAGCUGCAGCAGGGCACGAACAUGGUCGACGCGAGCAAGGAGGCGGGCGUUAAGUUCUUCGUGUGGAGCUCCCUCCCCAGCAUCAAAGAGAUCUCUGGCGGGAAGUACACCCAAGUACAGCACUUCGAGGACAAGGCGGCCGUCGAGAAGUACCUGAAGGCCUCUGACGUGGCGAACGCCAGCAUCAUGACGGGCUUCUUCUUGGAGAACUUCUUGACGACCAUGCCCCUCAGGCCCAUCACCACUGGCUACCACGUCGACACGCCCUCCUCGCUCACCGCUACAAACACCGUCUGCUGUAUCGGCAAGGAGAUGGGGAGCGCGGUGGCAGCACUGAUGAGGAACUACAAGGACAAGCUCGACGACAUCAACGGCCAGAACUACAUCCUGGGUCAUGGACGCGCGACGCUCGAGGAGAUUGUGGCGGAGAUUUCGAAGGCCCUCGAGAAGCCCGUUACGAUCAAGCAGGUGGAGAAGAUGGGUUUCCCGGCGCUGGAUGAAAUGUUCGACUUCAACGCCGAGUACGACAGGUACGCGGGGAAGCCGUGCCCUGAUCCUCGUCUCUUGUCCCUGGGUGCGGAAGUGGGCACGGUGAAUGAGUUCACGGAGAAGGUCCUGAAGCCGUUUUUGGAAAAGAAGGGGGCACAGUAGACGGGUACCAGAGCUCCAGACUUAUGAGUGAACACCCGCAGAGCGGCU